AUUAAAGAAUAUUAUCAUACUGAUUCAUUGGAUACGUUGAAGUUAUGGUUCAAUUCAAUUGAUAAAGCAUCAUUAUUAAAUGUACAUAUGAUUCAACCAGUACAGUCAACAACUCAAAACAGAAUUCCAAGUUCUUUUUUACUAUCAGCAUAUGGUAUUGAUAAUACGGCUACAGCGAAUGAUAUAUUGCAAAGAUGGUGGUAUAUAUUCAAUCAGUGUUUACAAAGAAAUAUAAAAAUUAUUGGUUUUGCUACUGAUGCUGAUGCUAAAUAUGUAAUUGCCAUUAGAUUAAUGAGUCGAUUUUUUGCAUCUCUUCCAAAUUUUUCAGUUCAUCAACAUCAACAAGCUUUUACAGAAAAAUUAAAAUCGCGCUGGCCUUGGUUUUUUUUACGUGAACAACAACUAUUAUUAUUUUUUCAAUAUGCGACACAUCUAGCGACGAAAUGGCGUAAUUAUUUAUUAUCGUCUACGGCUGAAUUACGUCUUGGGGAUCAAUCAAUAUCGAUCAAUCAUUUGUAUAGCAUUAUUGAUAAUGCAAAAUUUACUAAAAUUGAUCAUGGCUUGACGAAAUCUGAUAUUAAUCCUAAAGAUCGUCAAAAUUUUAGUUCCUGUGUCAAAUUAACAUCUGAUGAUCUAUUUAAAAUUUAA